AUAUAACCGCAAGUCCCCCUCGUCAAAUAGAAUCAGUGAGGAUCCAAUCCAAGUUGAGACUACUUUGAAGCUGAGCUAUAAGCUCGUCACUGGAUCGAUCGUCUAGCCUGCUCAGUCUACUAGCUCGAACGAUCGCUGCAUGCGAGCGGCGACGGCAUUGCGAGCGUGAUACGAGAUGGCGGCAAACCCACAUCGGCUUCGCGGCGGCAACGGCACUGAGGAUGAUGGUGGGUGGGAGGCCGACGCGGCGGCGGUGCUGUCCGGGGAGUACCAGGCGCAGGAGAUGUCGACCAUGGUGUCGGCGCUCGCGAGGGUCGUGUCCGGCGGCGACGGCCGGUGGGACGGCAGCUGGAAUCAUGAUCCGGCGGCAAUGGGAGGCUACUCCGGCGCGCCGACACCCGAUCAGCUCGCCCUGGCAGGACAAGAGCAAGAGCGCGCGGCCAUGGGAGAGCAAUACUCGCCCACGUACACCGGCGAGGCGGCGGCGGCGCCGCCGGAGCGGCGGUACCGCGGCGUGCGGCAGCGGCCGUGGGGCAAGUGGGCGGCGGAGAUCCGCGAUCCGCACAAGGCGGCCCGCGUCUGGCUCGGCACCUUCGAGACCGCCGAGGCCGCCGCGCGCGCCUACGACGACGCUGCGCUCCGCUUCCGCGGCAGCCGCGCCAAGCUCAACUUCCCCGAGGACGCGCGCCUCACCUUCACCCCGCCAGCCGCCACCGCCGCCAACUCAUCAGCACCAACCAUGGCUUCUUCUUCGGCGGCCGGCUACGGCUACCCGGCCGGCGCCGUCUCGGACUACCUGCAGUACCAGAUGCUUCUUCACGGCGGCGGAGGUGGCGGCUACCCACCGUACUACGGCGGCGGCGGUGGCACCAGCACUUCUUCUUCAGGGUCGUCCUACUCGUUCCCGGACUCCUCCGUCACCGUGGCCUCCGUGCCGUCUUCUGCCUCCUCUGCUUCCGGCUACGGCGCCGGCGGCGCCGCGCCGGAGUACGGCGACGCCGAGCAGUGGGCAUGGCAGCCGGACACUGCGUGGACCUACCCGGCGACUACGGGCUCCUGGUCCGGUUCGAGCCAAUAUCCGCCGCCACCUCGUCGUCAAUAGCAGUUUCUUUUUUGUUCCUUGAAGAAAAACAGUGGCCGGCUGGCUGCAAGUAGCCUGCAGCACGGUGCCACGGUGUGAAUGGUGUUGUUCAACACGGACCGGUGCCACGCCUGCAGGAGGCCAGAGAAGGGGUUUGCACCAGAGUACUGUAAUGUUCGUUAUUUUGCUUUGUUCAUGUUAAUUAACCAUGUUUCCUUUUGAAAUGAAAAGGAAAAUCGAGGUUUUCCACGCUUGCACGAAAAUAAAUCGAGUUGUUGAUCUGAUUCCUA